AUGUCCACGCUUCCUGGUGCUGACGCUGGGGCGGACUUUGUCCAGUCGUGCGUAAAAUUUGUGACCAAUGUCGCGUUCACCGACAUUGCCCAGUACAAGGCGAGCCAUGCAACAGGUCUCGCAUCGCCGUUUGUUGUUCUCCUUGGCACGCAUGCCCAAUUACGGGAAGAUGCAGUGAAGGAGCUUCCAUUCUACUGCCCUGCCGUAGCUGAGGCGAUUGAACGUGUGAAAAAGGGGGAUACCUACGCGGUACUCGCGGAGGGUCUUAAUAAUGAGGCAAAAGAGAGGUUUGUGCGUGUGGUGGUUGGUGAGGUGCCAUCUGAGGCCUCCCGCAACAACUGUCCUGCCCGACCUGACGUGGUCGCCUCGCUUGUCUCCACAGCCCUUGAGGAGGUAAAGGGGAAGGAGACAAAGGUGGAUAUAUUUGUCCGUUCAACCGCAGCCGUCGCAAUGGCGGUGGCAGUGGCGCGAAGCGCCCGCCGCAACUUCACCGCCAAGGAGGGUCUGGCUACGAAGGGGUACUGUGCCGACAGUGUGCGUCUCACUGUGGUGUUCCCGGUUGCCCCCAACCCGCCAGCAGACGAAUUGGCUGUUAUUGCCACUUCGACCCAGCUUUGCCAACGCCUUGUGGAUGCACCGACGAAUCUGCUUAACACCGCCACCUUUACGGAGGUGGCGCAGGCCUAUGCCAAGGAGCUGGGUUGUGCCAUUGACGUCAUUUGUGGCGAGGAGCUGCGCGAACGGGGUUACGGCGGCAUAUAUUCUGUGGGAAGAGGUGCGGCAGAGGCACCGCGGCUUGUAACGCUUCUGUAUAAACCCAAGGUUACGGUAAAGGCGAAGGUCGCCUUGGUCGGUAAGGGUAUUGUCUACGACUGUGGCGGCUUGGCGCUGAAACCACCUGCUUUUAUGACAGGGAUGAAGCGCGACAUGGGGGGUGCAGCGGCGAUCUUUUGUGGUUUUCUCACCGCUGUGCGUCUGCAGCAGCCACUUGAGCUAAGUUGCACCAUGUGCCUGGCCGAGAAUGCGGUGGGGCCCCAUGCGUACCGCAACGACGACGUUGUAACGUUGAAGUCAGGCAAGACGGUGGAAGUGAAUAACACCGACGCUGAGGGUCGCAUUGUGCUCGGCGACGGCGUCUUUCACGCGACUCAUGAGCUUCCCUUCACGCCAGAGGUUGUUGUUGACAUGGCCACGUUAACGGGUGCACAGGGUAUUGCCACUGGCCGCAAACAUGCAGGCCUUUUUGUGAACGACGAGGAGGCCGAAUUGACCUUCUUGAAGGCAGGCAAGGAGUCUGGCGAGACGUGCUUCCCUGUGCUGUACUGUCCGGAGUACCAUGCUCCAGAGUUCAAAAGUCCCGUUGCGGAUAUGCGCAACUUAAUGAAGCAGACUAACAACGCUGGUGUGUCGUGCGCCGGACACUUUGUUGCCAGUCAUCUCAGUCCGGACUUCAAGGGCAAGCAUAUCCACGUGGAUAUGGCUUUUCCAGUGUUUGAGGAUGACAAGGCCACAGGUUUCGGUCCUGCACUCCUGAUAGAGUACUUCCGGAAGCUGUGA